AUUGUCACAAAAAAAAAUGUAUUCUAGGUGUCUACAAAACAGGACAUUCAUGCUGGACUUACUUGAAAAGGUUUCGUUGCACAUGGAAGUCCCUGCUGUUUCAGAAGACUGUCUCUACCUGGACAUAUAUACACCUGCAACCUCAACAGCAGAGUCUAAAUUAGCUGUCAUGGUGUGGAUCCAUGGUGGAGGGUUUGUGAUGGGGUCAUCAUCACUCCAGGAUGCUUCUGCACUAGCAGCAUAUCAAGAUGUGGUGGCUGUGGUGAUUCAGUACCGAUUAGGAAUUCUGGGAUUAUUCAGCACUGGAGAUGAACACGCCCCUGGGAAUUUUGGAUUUCUGGACCAGGUGGCUGCACUGCGUUGGGUGCAGAAGAAUAUCCGGAGCUUUGGAGGAGAUCCGGGAUCGGUCACCAUCUUUGGGGAGUCGGCGGGUGGCGCUAGCGUGUCGCUGCAGGCCCUCUCUCCCUUAUCCUCUGGACUGUUCCAUCGAGCGAUUGCACAGAGUGGAACUGCAAAAAUGAGAGGUAUCUUCAAUCCCAACCAAUUUCCUACUGCCCAGAUGGUGGGUAAUAUGUCAGGCUGUGACAUCACUAGUUCCAAAACGAUUGUGGACUGCAUGAAGCGGCUGACUGAAGAGGAAAUGCUAAAGAUUGUUGAAGAGGCAGCGCUUACUUAUUUUUUGGUGACAAACGAUGGACAGUUUCUCACAAAGUCGCCAGAGGAGGCCUUCCAGAAUCAUGAGAUCCACAAGGUUCCAUUUAUGACGGGCGUGACAAACCAGGAAUGUGGGUGGCUGCUGCCCAGUUUCCUGGCGCCUCAAGGCUGGGAGGAAGGAAUGGACCGAAGCCAAGUCUUGUCAGUCAUGUCAUUUUUAUACCAAGAGCCGUCGGAUGAGAGGAUAAAGGAACUGAUGGCAGAUGAGUACCUGGGCACUUCGGAAGAUCGGCCGGCGAUUCGGGACAGCGCCUUGGAGUUGAUGGGAGACGUUAUGUUCACCAUCCCUGCCAUCCAAACAGCCAAUUCCCACAGAGACGCAGGUGCACCCGUCUACCUGUACGAGUUGCAGGAAGCUCCCAGCUUCCUGCAGAAGAAGAGGCCCAGCUUCGUCAAAACAGACCAUGGCGACGACCUCAUGUUCGUAUUUGGCUUUUGCUUCCUGGACCUAAAUGUCACAAUGGAAAGUACUUCGAAAGUCCAGUGCACAGAGGAAGAGCAGGAGCUUUCCAGGACCAUCAUGGCGUACUGGGCCAACUUCGCUCGCACUGGGUCCCCUAACGGACCGGGGUUGGUUCAUUGGUCGCAGUAUGGCCCAGAUGAGGAGUUCCUGGCCCUGGGACUGAAGCAGGAGCCAGGCAAGAGUCUGAAGCGGGACCGCUAUGUUUUCCUGACCCAGACAUUACCAGAGAAGUUGCGCAUGCAGGAGAAGCACAGCGAGCUGUAGAGAGCGCUACUCCACGCAUCCAAACAUCAAAUUAGCAAGAUUAUUUAUCAAACAUUCCACCUAAUGUAGAAAACACAAAUCUACCCCUUUGAUAUUUUUUGUGAUGAAAGGAAAAACGUUUUCUUACAUUGAUUCAUUAACUAGCAGACAACCUAACUGUGAAAACUAUUCAUUUUAGAAGUAUGAAAAGAUUUUGUCUGAAAUUAGAUAAAGUCCUCUUAAUAUCUGUGACAAUAAAAUGAACAAAAAACACCAUGUAUCUAAUAGAAAUUUGUGUAAUUAUUUGGUUAUUAGACCUUAGAAGAUUUUCUUUUAAAUUUGAUUAAAUGUUCUUAAUAUCUGUAACAGUAAAAUUAAUAGAAACCUAUGUUUAUCUAAUAAAAAUUACCAUCAUUA